AUGUACACAUUUGCUGCAGGGAGAAAAUUUGUCAAGGUUAAGCUUAUUUUGUCUGGUUGGGUCAGCAGAAAAUUGCAUCAACAGUUUGAAAUGUAUAAGGAACAGGUAAAAAAGAUGGGAGAAGAAUCACAGCAACAGCAAGAACAGAAGGGUGAUGCCCCAACUUGUGGUAUCUGCCACAAAACAAAGUUUGCAGAUGGAUGUGGCCAUAACUGUUCAUAUUGCCAAACAAAGUUCUGUGCUCGUUGUGGAGGUCGUGUGUCAUUACGCUCAAACAAGGAGGACAAAGUGGUUAUGUGGGUAUGUAAUUUGUGCCGAAAACAACAAGAAAUCCUCACUAAAUCGGGAGCAUGGUUUUAUAAUAGUGGGUCUAAUACACCACAGCAGUCUGAUCAAAAGAUUCUUCGAGGACAUAGAAAUGAGGAGGCACCUCAGGAGAAGAAAGCAAAGCUACAUGAGCAGGUCCAAUUCCAGGGACCCUCAGGCGAUUUACCUAUACCUGCAGUGGAGAAAAGUCGAUCUCCUGGGCUCACAAGACAGAAUUCUAUUAAGAAUGGGUCAGAAGUAAAGCACCAAAUUGCCAGUGACAUAGCUUCAGACAGGUAA